AUGUCUACAUCACCGGCUUCACUCUUGCCUGCUAGGCUGCUACUAAGUGCUAAUGUCACUUCAUUUGCUCAAGUCCAGUUUAGAAAAGAGAGAGAAAGAGAAAGUAACAGGACUACAGGAGUGCAUGUGAGAGAAAAUCCAAGCUUCUUCCAAGUGAAUAUCAACAUACUGAAGUGGCUAAUUCUUGCGGGAAGUAUGGAUGGUCAGCAGGAAAGUUUAAUCAUGUGCACUGCAUCUACUCUGCCUUGUCUUCGGGAUGUGCCACGAAGGCCCCGUACUCCGAUACUUGGUUGCAAAAGGCGCUUGGAUUUCAAUGAUUCUAUCAUCCACAAAAGAAAAUCUGAUGAUAAAUUUGAUUUGGCACACAACAAGUGCCUGAAAAAUGUACCAAUUCUUGGAACUGUAGAAAAUGAGAUUCAAGAUGUGCCAAAGGAAAAAGAAUGCGUAGAUGAGCCUUCUAUGGUGGGACCUAAGACACCAUCACCUGCAACGAGAAAGUGUGCUUCCAGUAAAGGAGGCCUCACGACAAGAAAAAUUCGACGAUCAAAAUCAAAGGCUGUAAUCAAACUUACAAAAGCUAAUCUGCAAGAAGUUUCAGAGUUAGCUGAAUAUUCGCACUAUUACACUCGUGCGAUUAAUCAGCAACUGUUAAAUGCAAUUAAAUUGAUUGAAUGUCAAGGUGCCAGCAUUGGAAGUUUUAGAGGCAAAAGGGUCUCCCAAAAGCCAUCCAAGAAAGAAGGAACGGAGACAUGCAAAGCAUGGCGAGGGUUGAUGAAGACAGCUACUGCUGAAAGCUGUGGCACAACAUUAGAAGAUGAAUCACAACUAUUCCAUGAAAGGAUACGAUUAUUUUUAAGGGAAGUGGGAGCCGUUCAGGGCCAAAGAGUAUAUUUUCCAUGGAAAGGAUCAGUUUUGGACUCGGUUAUUGGUGCAUUUUUGACUCAGAGGGUCAGUGACAACUUUUCGAGUUCUGCUUUCAUGUCACUUGGUGUGAGCUUUCCUCAGUAUCGUGAUUGCGAAGUUUAUAGUCGACAUCAUAGAAUGCUGAGAGAGAACAGAUCAAAUGUUGCUCGUCCUUGCCAAAACAGGUGUACAAAGGAGAAUAAAUUGAAGUUGGGAGCUGAAAGUUGGAAACCAUUUGAUAAGAAGAAAAUUGAAACCUCUAGGAAAGAAAGGGUUCUCAAAAAGGGUAAUCUUCAUCCUGAAUGGAACGCCUUAAGGAGACAAUAUUCUGGAAACAUGGAGAGUAAGAGAAGCAUUGAUUCCAUCGAUUAUGUGGAUUGGCACGCUGUUCGGCGAGCAGAUGUCAAGGAUAUCUCUGAUGCUAUUGUGUUAAGAGGCAUGAACAAGAAGCUAGCUAAGCGUAUCAAAGAGUUUCUGGACCGACUUAUGAUGGAUCAUGGAAAUUUGGACCUUGAAUGGAUACGAAGUAUCCCUCCUUUUCAAGCAAAGGAAUUUCUUUUGAGCAUAUACGGAUUAGGUCUCAAAAGUGCACAAUGCGUCCAACUUUUAACACUUAAUCAACCUGCAUUUCCGGUUGAUGUAAAUGUAGCUCGUGUGACAGUGCGUCUCGGGUGGGUUCCAGCCCCACCAAAUACUAGCGACGAGCUUCAGAUGUCUGUUCUGGAAGAGGUUUCUCAGAUUCAUGAUCUGAUUAAUCAAUACCUUUGGCCACGGCUGUGCAAAGUUGACGAAAAGACCUUGUAUGAACUACAUUAUCAUAUGAUUACCUUUGGAAAGGUCUUCUGUACAAAGCAGAAACCUAAUUGUGCUGAAUGUCCCAUGAGAAGGGAUUGCAAAUAUUAUGCUGAUAACGACAUAGAAGACUUCAGUAAGACAUUGCUGAAAGCUCAACGAGAAUUGUUGAAAUCAAGAUGCAAAAGACAGAAAGAUCCGGAACAGGACUCUGAAUAUAUCUGCCUUGAAGGCGGUGUUGUAGCUCCAAAAACUCCAUCGAAAGAUGAAUCAAUCUUCAAUAUAAGACGCCAAAGGAAAGUGCACACAGAAAUUUCUUCUUUAUCAGGAAGACAACACAAGAAAACUCGGACAAGGACACAACACUUCGUCUAUGAGCUUCCAGAUUGGCAUCCAGUUCUAGAAAUGUUUGAUAACCGGGACCCUGAUGAUUCAUCUCCGUAUCUUCUUGUUACAUGGGAAUCAGAACAACAUGACUUUGAUAAAUCAGGCGAUCCAUUGGCCAGAAGUACGCGGUCUUCAACUCUUGGUUGCAUAUCAGGGUCGCUAACAGUUCCAGGGACAGUAAUGAUCCCAUGCAGAACAGCAUUGAGGGGGAAGUUUCCACUGAAUGGAACUUAUUUUCAGAUAAAUGAGGUAUUUGCUGAUCAGCAGACCAGCCAAAUGCCAAUAGAUGUUCGUUGUAAAACAUUACAGCAACUCGCAAAGAAAACCUUGUACUGCGGACAUGAUCUAUCCAAUAUAGUGAAAGGUUUAUCAGCAGAUGAGGUCAAGAGCCUUUUCAAUGAAGGUUAUAUUUGCACACGUGGUUUUGAUAGGAAAACAUCUGCUUCUUAUCCCUUAGAAAAACGGUUGCAUGCGAUAGGAGGUAAAAAACGAGAAUUGAAGCAAUAGUGGAUUAUAGAUGUGACUGGAACACCGAAUGGUCCGCUGCUGAGCAGGAUUAUUCGGUUUCCUUGCUAAAAGUUUUAUCUAAAGCCCAUUUAGCUUAAGGUGUACUACCUGGUUCUAAAACUGUAGUAUAUAUUUCUAGUUUACUGACCAAAAAGUUAACAAUCCAAUUAAAGAGGUUUCUGUGGUUGCUUAUGCACGAACGUAUUUUUUGUAAUGGGAUUCUGAACUUUUUGGUCAGUAAACUAGAAAUAUGUACUGCAGUUUUAGAACCAGGUAGUACACCUUAAGCUGAAUGGGCUUUAGAUAAAACUUGUAGCAAGGAAACCUAAGCAUCAUCAAGCUAAAACUAGCAGGCUUAACACCGCCAAUACAACCAUUUACAGCAGCUUAGCUUGGCUUGAUCUUUUGUACAAGUAUAAAAUCCAUUCUGUGGUUUACAGUAUAUUUAUAAUUUAUACUAUGAUCGAAUGUCAGAUGA